CUUUCUUCCAUCUCACAAAAUUCUCACCUAAGGCCAAAGUUUGUUGAGAAAGUAAGGAAAACAAGAAAGACCCAAAGAAAAAAAAAACAAAAAAAAAACAAAAAUGUCACUUGUGACAGAAGAAAUCAAGGCCAAGGCUGAAGUGUACCAUGGAGAUGAAAUCUGCAAGGAGAAAUCACAGGAGUUGCUAACGGAAGUUGGGCUGCCAAAUGGGCUGUUGCCCUUGACUGACAUUUUGGAAUGUGGGAUUGUGAGAGAGACUGGUUUUGUGUGGCUGAAGCAGAAGAAGAGCAUAACCCACAAGUUUAACAAGAUUGGAAAGCUGGUUUCUUAUGCCACAGAGGUCACAGCCGUUGCUGAGAAAAACAAGAUCAAGAAGCUCACUGGGGUCAAGACCAAGGAGCUUCUGCUUUGGAUCACACUCAGUGACAUCUUUGUUGAUGACCCCCCAACCGGGAAGAUCACCUUCAAGACCCCCACAGGGCUAUUCCGGUCAUUUCCCGUCUCCGCUUUCGAGGUCGAGGAGCCUAAGGCGGCUGCUGCUGCUUCUAAGGAUGUCAAGGAGAACAAGGAUGCUACCAAGGAAGAGAAUGGAGCUGUGGAGGUUAAGGAAGUUUAGAGCUUUAGAAAAAGGCUAUUAUUAUCAUACCAGUCUUUUGUCUGUUCUUUUUUUCUUUUUGGAUGUUUUAUGCUACUUUUGGGUAUCUUUACUAGUGUUUGUUUACUUGUCAUGAAAUAAAAAUUAAACUUUCAUGAACAA